UUGGUUUCUUUUAGGUUACUUAACAGAGUGCUCGGAAAAUACUUGGUGUGAUGAUGCCCAGCAGAAACAUGAGAAUGGGAAAAAGCAUGAGCUUUGUAAUUUGAUCCACCUAUAUAAACACAUACAUACACACCAGAGGGGAAAAAAAAGACACAACUAUAUAAAUCUAAAUAUGCGCAUGUAUAUAUAUAUAUAUAUAUAUAUAUAUAUAUAUAUAUACCAUUUGUUAUAUUUAAAUUUAUUUUUAAAUGUCUUCUAUUAUAAAAUAUGGCCAUUUUUUGGCUCACGACAUUAUCAAUGCUUCAAAAAGACGUCUUUUUUUGGCAUCUUAGAACAGUUAGUUUUUUUGCUAAACAGCAUGCAGUACUUUGACAACAACCUGCUAAGAGGUCAUGUUUCAUUGAUAGUGGACAAAUAGCA